AAAGAGCUGCUUCCAUCCCAAUAACAUCUCCAAGCUCGACUUCGAUCCGACAUUGGAGCAAAAUGGAGUUCGUCUCCUGCUCGUUUGCGCCAGGAACUGGAACUGGAACUGGGCAGAAAAAGGGUUCGGAAAUCUCAUUUUCCGGUUUCACGUUUGUUUCUCAAGAAACCUCGAGGUUUUGGGGGGGCCUUAUAUACAAGGGAAACGGCGCCGUCUCCCUUGUUGACUCUUUUAUUGGGGUUACCUUAUUUAGAUUUACAGAGGCAUGCCCGCAUUGCGCCAUCAGGCAGUUAAAAAGGACAAAUCAGAGGAUUCUUAUUACAGACUUACAGUGUCGGAUUCAUUCUAUUCUACUUCCGGAAUCGCGGGUGCGUGCGUCGUUACAGUUCCUGAAAUUGUUUGGCUUUCCAGAUUUGGGGAGGUGGAGGGAAUCACAAAGGUCGGAGCUUGGAAACCUCAAGCGACAAACACACCCAAAUUCUAACCAAUCAAGGAAAAGGAACACAAAGAGAGCAAACAGCCGCCGCACGGAAAGCCGUCGUCACCCCUAUUCCCCCCAGCAAAGCAAUAUUUAUUCCUUCCUCUUUAAGGCAGGCAGGUGCGAUCCCAAACUACCCCCAAUAAGAUCAUUCCAACUUCCCAUUUCGAGUUCGUGCUUUCUGUGUGGAGUUGCUCUUUCCUGGGCCUUUCUUACACGCUGGAGAAAGUAUACUAGAGUUUGGCAGCCUGGUUAAAUUAUCAGCUAAGAAGGGCAGAGUUUAUGUCUGAGAACUAAAUUAAUAACUGUUGAUUCCUUAAACAGUAGAUAUGGAAACAGUUAACUAUGAGUUAGAAAUAAGUCAUGUUGUGGUAGAAAGCAAGGAAACACCAACGAAUCGGGAAAAUGUUGAUAGUACUAGUGCUACUGAAAAGGUCGAAGCAGGUAGCCUGCCUAUUUGUGAUAUAAAUAAAAGUAUCUUGGCUGUAAGUUUCUCUGAUGACAAUGAGGACAGUGGAACAGCAGUCACUGCAACUACGAGCAGUGUCGAUGGUUCUGAAGAAACCAUCAUGUUUCCAUUUUAUUUAAGGUUUCCUUCACAAUGUUCUAGGAGGAAAAAGCUGCUUAUUCUUGAUUUGAAUGGGCUACUUGUCGAUGUAGUUACUUGUCCUCCAAAGGAUCGUACUCCAGACAAAAGGGUUGGAUUUCGAUCAUUUUUUGUAAGGCCGUAUUAUCUGGAUUUUCUCAAUUUUUGCUUUCGGAAAUUUGAAGUAGCUGUAUGGUCAUCAAGAACAAGAAAGAACAUCAGUAUCUUGAUUGAUUACUUGUUUGGAGAUUUGAAGAACAGUUUGUUAUUUUGUUGGGAUCUAUCCCAUUGCACAACAACACAGUUCAAGACAGUAGAGAACAAGCACAAACCUCUGGUAUUCAAAGAACUAACAAAGGUUUGGAAUAAAGAGGACCCUCAACUUCCAUGGGAGAGAGGGUACUUCAAUGAAUCAAACACAUUGUUGGUGGAUGAUUCUCCCUAUAAAGCAUUACUUAAUCCUGUAAGUUGUAUGGUGAUAUCUUCAUGUUUUCUGCCAGUCACUUAUUCUGACGUAAUAAUCGAUGUCUCUAUAAUCCUUGAUACUUAUUUCCUUCGUGGUGUGUUACCGAAUGACAAGACAGGCUAACUCUGGCAUCCAUCCUGAUCCCUACAGCUAUGAGGAUCUCAACGAUAACUCACUAGGUGUUGAUGGUGACUUAAGAGUAUAUCUUGAGCAGUUAUCCGAAGCUGUUAAUGUACAGAAGUUUGUUGAGACCAACCCAUUUGGUCAAAAGCCUGUUGCUGAAGGGAAUGCAGAAUGGAGCUUCUACCAUGAAGUUAUAAGCACAUUGUAUCCUUCCCGAGUUGAAGGCAGGAGGAAAUACGUCUCUUCGGUGUUAACUUGAUGGAAGGAAGCCCUGUAGGUGCAUAGAAGAAGUAGCCAAGCAUUUUCCUCCAGUCAUUUGAAUAUAGACGAACCCUUGAUUGAAUAUAGUUGAAUGACAACUACAAGAGACCUACAAUUUUCUUCUUAAGAGUUAUUUGGGGAGGAGUUUUUUUUAUUUUAGUUAGUUUCAUGCUUCAGUUUACUAAGAAGACUAGGCUAGAAGUUGCAUAUAGGUCUUUCAGCGGGGGAAUUCCACAUGGCUACAUGGCUUGUUGAAUGUUUCCCUAGCUGUUGGGUUUAGCUAUUUUCCAUUACAUGAUAAAUGAUA